AUGUUCCUCGUUGCAAUGUCGCUGCCUUCGGGGCCCUUCUCUGAGAUGUCCUAUCCAGUUGUCCCUUUUCCCGUACUUGCUAUCAUUCUGAUUCCCUGUCUUCUACUUCUUGCGAUACAACUGGCGCCAAAGGGACCAACCAUCAAAGGUGUCCCUGGAUCAUUCUUUGACCUCUAUCUCUGCGGUGUAAGUCCAAUCCUGACAAACCAGAAUCGCCCUAAUAUCCGCAGAUUGGCACCAAAGUUGCCUUUGUCUCCGGACGAAGUGCGCACUACUUUCACUCCCUUCAUCAAUCCUAUGGUAGGACUCGCACUCGUCGUUGUGAUUGAGGCUAACAAACUAGGCAACAUCGUCCGAUUCGCUCCCGGUCAAGCAACCACCAACACCAUCAAAAGCCUGCGUCAGAUCUACGGCACCGGGACUGGCAAAGGCGCAGCGUUUCUGAAAACUGGCUUCUACAAGAACAUCUCCCGUCGUAACGUCUUCACCGCUGCGGAUCCUGUCUACCAUGCCUCGGUGCGCAAGCUUUUCGGUCCCUCGUUCACUCCUGGUUCUAUGCAAGCCCACGCCGGAGUCAUCCGCGAGUGCAUCCUGCGCUUGCAUGAGGUGAUCCGCGGCAAGCUCGAGACAAAGAACACAGUCUCCUUGAACGAGCUGCUCUACUGCCACUCGGUGGACACCGUUUCCGAAGUCCUGCUGGGCAAGCCACUGGGCUGCCUGAAACGCGGCAAGCCCUACUUCUGGACCGAGCAACUGCCCCGUAUUUUCUACUGGGCGACAAUCCGGGAUCAGUUCGAGGGCUCUGGCGUGCCAACGCUGAUCAAAUGGCUGCUCCGUCGGUUUCUGCGCAAGGGGAUCCGUCUUCGCAGCGAGCAGGCCCGCAUGCGACUCAUCAACGAACAACUGCGUGCAUCACACACCCGACGUGAUAUCAUGGUCGAGGUGAUGGAGCGAUCAGACGGCGGCGACCUCCCCGAGGCUGAGAUUGCAGAGAAUUUCUCGGCGAUUAUGCUUGCGGGCUUUCACACCACGCAGAACGCCCUCUGCGCGGUCAUUUACCUGGUGCUUACCCACCCGGAGAGCCAUGUGAAGCUGGUGCACGAGUUACAGACGGCAUUUGCGUCGGCCGAGGAUCUCUCGGGGGAUGUCGCGGCGCAGCUGCCCUAUCUCAACGCUGUCAUUACGGAGGCGUUGCGGUUGUAUCCGCCUGUGCCGCUAGGGGGGCCGCGUGUUUCACCCGGGGCGUAUGUGGAUGGGAUGUAUAUCCCUGCGGGGACUGAGAUCUGUACGUCGUUGUUUGCUCUCCAUCACAAUCCGGAGUACUUCAGCUCCCCAUACGAAUUUAUCCCGGAGCGAUGGAGGGAGCCUGGAUCGACAGACAGGAAAGAGGCGGUGCAGCCAUUCCUGGUUGGAAGUCGAGCUUGUAUCGCCAAGUACUUUGCCAAACAAAUGCUCCAAUUGACUCUGGCUGGUUUCUUUUUAGAGUUCGAAGCGGAGUAUGUGGGCAAGGUGAAGGAUUGGCAGAGGCAGUCUCGGUGUUAUGCUUUUUGGGAAGUGCCGGACCUCAAGGUCCUCUUCGGCAACUUGACCUCGACCUUUCAAGAGAUUGUCAGCGGACAAACCACCUACGCGCAUUUCCACCAUGAGCUCACCAAGUACGUCGUCUACUUUGUCUACCUGGCCAUCGCAGAGUUCACCACCAUCUACCUGGCCACUGUCGGUUUCAUCUACACAGGCGACCAUAUCGUGCAGCAGAUCCGCGUCGAGUACCUCCGCUCCAUUCUGCGACAGAACGUCGCCUUCUUCGAUACCCUCGGCGCGGGAGAAAUCACGACCAGGAUCACCGCCGACACGAACCUCAUCCAAGACGGGAUCUCGGAAAAGGUCGGUCUGGCGUUGACGGGGCUGUCGACAUUCGUCACGGCGUUUAUCAUCGCGUACAUCAAGAGCUGGAAGCUGGCGCUGAUCUGCAGCGCCACGCUGGUCGCAUUGCUGUUGAUCAUGGGCGGCUGCUCGACGGCCAUGCUCGGCUUCAACAAGCGCGCGCUGGAUUCGCAAGGUCAAGGCGCCAGUUUAGCAGAGGAUAUUCUGGAUUCCAUCCGUACGGUGGUCGCAUUUGACGCGCAGGAGACGCUGGCCGCAAAAUACGAGAAACAUCUCAAAGAUGCAGAGAGACCGGGGAUGAGGGCGCAGAUGAUAUUCGCGCUGAUGGUGGGAGCACUGCUCUGUGUCAUGUACCUCAACUACGGGCUGGGAUUCUGGAUGGGCUCGCGGUUCCUGGUUGACGCCGGCAGCCAUGUCAAGGCCGGGGAUGUGUUAACUAUCCUCAUGGCGAUUAUUCUCGGAUCGUACAAUCUGGGCAAUAUUGCGCCCAACACCCAGGCACUGUCCACCGCGGUGGCGGCAGCAACCAAGCUGUAUGGCACGAUCGAUCGACAGUCUCCUCUGGAUGCGUGGCUAGACAAAGGAAUGACCCUGGACCAUGUCCGGGGAAAUAUUGUUUUGCAGAAUAUCCGCCAUGUCUACCCUUCUCGGCCAGAGGUGAUCGUCGCCAACGACCUGAGUGUGUAUGUUCCGGCCGGCAAAACAACCGCCUUUGUCGGCCCUUCAGGAUCCGGCAAAAGCACAAUCAUAGGGCUCAUCGAACGCUUCUACAGCCCUGUAGCAGGGAGUAUCAUGCUCGAUGGACAUGAUAUCGAGCAUUUGAACCUGCGAUGGCUCCGACAGCAAAUGUCGCUGGUCUCGCAGGAACCACGGCUCUUCGCCACCACCAUCGCAGAGAAUAUCCGCGUUGGCCUCAUCGGCUCGGAAUAUGAACGCGAACCACCUCAGCUGAUUCAGAAACGAAUCGAAGAUGCUGCCCGCAUGGCAAAUGCGCACGAUUUCAUCAUGGCGCUGCCGGACGGUUACGAGACUAACAUCGGCGGUUUCUCCCUUUCCGGAGGCCAGAAACAGCGCAUCGCAAUUGCCAGGGCCAUCGUCAAGGACCCGAAGAUUCUGCUGUUGGACGAGGCCACCUCUGCUCUGGAUACAAAAUCCGAGGGGCUGGUGCAGGCAGCCCUGGACAAGGCGUCCCGAGGCCGGACCACGGUGGUCAUUGCCCACCGGCUUUCCACAAUCAAAGAAGCGCAUAACAUCGUCGUCUUGGCCAAUGGGUCCAUCGUCGAGCAGGGCUCGCACGACCGUCUCAUGGAUAGAAAGGGCGUCUACUACGGCAUGGUCAAGGCGCAGCAGAUCAAGAAGCGACUCACGCGGAUGAGCCAAUUGAUGCCUCGAAGCCCAAUGCAAUCCUUUUUCUUUGACCUCGACUACCCAACCGACGACGACCUCUCCGAGUAUGAGCACCAGGACGACGCGUCUGAUCUUGGGCUGAAGACGGGGGAGAGAAUGAAGAAGCACACGUCUCGGCUGUCAAUAUCCGCGCUGCCGAUGCACUUUCACAAAGCCAAAGAGGUAUCCUAUUCACUCUGGACUCUCUUCAAAUUCCUUGCCUCGUUCAACCGGCCCGAAUGGCCGCUUCUUGCUUUGGGACUGUGCGCAUCCGUUCUCGCCGGAGGCAUCCAGCCCUCGCAGGCCGUCCUCUUCGCCAAAGCCGUCAGCACGCUGAGCCUCCCACCCUGGGAGUACCCCAAGCUCCGCCACGACGCGAACUUCUGGUCCCUGAUGUUCCUCAUGAUCGGGUUGGUCACAUUCUUUCUGUACGGCUUCCAAGGGAGCCUAUUCGCAUACUGCUCCGAGAAAAUGGUGUACCGUGCCCGCAGCCAGGCCUUCCGGGUCAUGCUCCAUCAGGACGUUGCCUUCUUCGACGAGCCGGAAAACACCACGGGCGCGCUCACAGCCACGCUGAGCGCGGAGACAAAGCAGCUGGCCGGCAUCAGCGGCGUCACCCUCGGCACCCUGCUCAUCGUCUCGGUGAACCUGCUCGCCUCGCUGGGCGUGGCGCUGGUCAUGGGCUGGAAGCUCGCGCUGGUGUGCAUCUCCGCCGUGCCGGUGCUCUUGCUCUGCGGCUUCGUCCGCGUCUGGAUGCUGGAUAGAUUCCAGCGGCGCGCAAAGGCGGCGUAUCAGCAAUCCGCCAGCUCGGCCUGCGAGGCUGCCUCGGCGAUCCGCACUGUCGCCUCGCUGACGAUGGAGAGGGAGGUUCUGGAGUCGUACCAAAAGCAGCUGCAGCACCAGCUCAGGCGGGAUAUCCUCCCUAUCGUCAAAUCAUCCCUGUUAUAUGCCAGCUCCCAGGCCCUGCCGUUCUUGUGCAUGGCGCUGGGAUUCUGGUACGGCGGGACGCUGCUGGGACAUGGAGAGUAUUCCCUAUUCCGGUUCUACGUGUGUUUCAGUGAGGUGAUCUUUGGUGCACAGGCGGCUGGGACUGUGUUCUCGCAUGCCCCGGAUAUGGGCAAGGCGAAGCAUGCCGCGGGGGAGUUCAAGCGACUCUUCAGUGGUAGGACUAUGAGGUCCGUGACUCACCGCCAGAUAUCACGGCCGGAUAUGCGCGGGCUGAUCGAAUUUCGCGACGUCUCGUUCCGGUAUCCAAGCCGUUUGGACCAGCCGGUGCUACGCCGGCUGAAUCUGACUGUCAAGCCCGGCCAGUUUGUGGCGCUGGUCGGGGCGAGUGGCAGCGGGAAGAGCACGGUCAUCUCACUAUUGGAGAGAUUCUACAGCCCGUUGACGGGAGGAAUCUACAUCGAUGGUCAAAACAUUGCUACAUGGGAUCUGACAUCGUAUCGAAGUCAUCUAGCUCUGGUCAGCCAGGAACCCGCCUUAUUCCAGGGGACGAUCCGCGAGAAUAUCCUCCUGGGGAGAACGAGGCCCUACACCUCGGAACAAGAUCUCAUCAAAGCGUGUAAAGACGCAAACAUCUACGAUUUUAUCAUUUCUCUCCCACAAGGCUUCGACACCCUCGUCGGCACAAAAGGCGGCAUGCUCUCCGGCGGCCAAAAACAACGCAUCGCCAUCGCCCGCGCCCUCAUCCGGGACCCACGCAUUUUGCUUCUCGAUGAAGCAACUUCAGCGCUGGACUCCGAGUCUGAAAAAGUGGUGCAGGCGGCUUUGGACGCCGCGGCAAAGGGCCGCACCACCAUUGCCGUGGCUCACCGGCUGAGCACCAUUCAGCGGGCGGAUGUGAUCUACGUGCUGGAUCAGGGGGAGGUCGUCGAGUCAGGGACGCACGAUGCCCUGCUUCGGAAGAAAGGCCGAUAUUUCGAGUUGGUCAACCUGCAGAAUCUGGGUUGA